UCAUAGCUAAAUCGUCAUUGCAUAAACUCAUUGUUUGAAGAAGACGACAAAUUAAAAUGGACGGAGAAAAGCCAAUAACUUCGUUCCAAUCAGAACUAAAAGAUACCCCUGCUGAGACCUGGUCUAAAUUUCCUGACCUAGCAGAUACUGUGUGGAAGUGGGCAGAUGAUGGGGAAACACCCAAAGCAUCUAUCAAGUUCCUCAACGAUAACACCAUUAAGUGGAACAAAGGAAAGAAGCAAGGUUACUGGAAACUUAGAAACGAUAUGAGGAUCUUGGAGACAAAAUUUCAUGGAACGGACCACCAGUUGAGAUACAUAAUUGAAGAGAGAAAAGCUGUACUGAUAAACUCUGAUAAAAAUCCUCUAGCAACUAUGUGGGAGCCACUGACUAAACUAUCAGACUACGAACAGAGAGGAAAAGAAAUCGUUGCUCGUUUCUGCUUAUCAGAAGAAAGACGACCUGUAAUGUCGCCCCUAGCACCCCAACAAACCUACAAAGAUAAGUACCCUGACCUCGCUCGAUAUAAAGAUUCUCGUAUUGCAGAUAACAUAAUAUCGCGAGACAAUUACGAAGCCGAAGUUGUAGUUUAUAGAGUUUUAGAGAAAGUGAAUGAAUCAAUGAUAGUUCUUCACGGGUUUAAGUGUACACAUUUCCAGUUUGCUAUGUGUGACAGUAGCCACGACAAGAAGACCUGUGAGGAGUGCCGCAACUCCAAGAACUCAGAGGAGUGUGAUUUCUUGAUUAUCGGAAAGGACUUUUUUGUCGUUAUUGAGGUCAAGAACACGAUAUUUUACCAGGAUGCAACUGUGGCAUUUCAGAAUUCGUUAUUACAAAGAGAUAGAGUCAAGAAACUCAUACACGCUUUAUGUCCAGAGGCAAACAUUUUACUUUUCACGGCAUUUCCAAGUUUGAGCUCUAAGUACAUUAACAGGUCUGUUAAUGGUGGUCCACCACCAUUAACAGGCAUGGACAGUGACCAAGUGGAUUCGAUAAUCUAUAAAGAAGAUAUUGAUGACUUUCCAAAUUGGUGGCACAACAAGGUUUCAGCGGUUACUACAGCGGUUACUACAGCGGAAAUUCGGCCAAGUUUUUUCUACAAAGUAUUAAACAUGCUCUCCAAAAGUUUCAUCGUCAAAAUAUUUAACAGAAUCUUUAAAAGACGCCGAGAUUUGAGUCUAGUACUACUGAAAUCGGAGCAUGAGCAUGACAAGGUGAAACACAUUUUGUUAACAAUAUCAUGUACUGAAGUAGAUAUACCUGAUGAAUCUACGUUCAAUCUAGCGAAAACUGUGAUGAGGAUAGAUAAAGAAUUGAGGGAAGGAGAAAUCACUUUAGAGCAAAGAAUUAAAAACUCUCAGUGUAAAAAGAGCUUCAAUCCUGGAGUGGUCAAAGCUUGUGAUGUCAUCAGAGACUAUGUUGGAAUCAAAUAUCUAACAGUAGAACAAAAGGGGGUUUUAGAAUCAUAUGGGUAUUUUGGAAAUCCAAAAUACCCAUAUAAUAUGUAUGCUGAACAACAGCUUUGGAUUAACGGCCCAGCAGGGAGUGGCAAAACUGUGCUAUUAUUAGGGAAAUUAAUAGAACUUGCUAAAUCUGAUACAGAUAAACAAGUUGUUGUGUUUCAAUUUGGUGGAGAUAAAAAUAACUCAACAACAUAUCAGGACACAUGUAGGAAAGCUGCUGUGGAGUUCACAGUGUUACAGUUCGUGGAUUGUAAAGAUCACACUCCCUCGCAAUUAUGUAAAUUGAUAUUGAACAGUGAACAUAAAGUAGUGAUCGUAAAUGUGCAUGUAUACAAAGAAAUUACAGAGAUAUCAUAUUCCUUUACUGAAUUGGUAAUAGAAACACUCCUUUUGCUAAAAGCUUGCCAUUUGUUAAUUGAUGAUAUACAGUGUUUGAUAAGACACAGCUGGUUGCCUAUGAUUCAUCGUGAUUUGCCUGUGUAUUUAGACAUACUGGAACUGUUCAAAAAUAAGAGAUCCGUAAUAGUAGCGUGUGAUUUUGGACAGUGUUAUUAUCAUGUUGAUGCAGUGCUUCAUGUGGCUUUUAGUGGUCACCUCUACAGACAACUUUAUUCAUAUCAACUUGUCACAUUGACUAAGAAUUUGAGGAACACGUACGAUCUCUCAAAUAUUCUAUCGGUUAUUAGAAAUAAAUACCGAGGAUUGGUAUCAAGUUGUGACUUUGGACAUAUAAUUUUACCGAAGCAAGACCCUGGUCAUUUUAUUCGAGGUGUAAUUACAGAGUUACAUGUUUUUAGUGAAUAUGAUUUUGAUUCCAUUUUCCAUAUUAUAAACGAAGAUUUGAUUAAGUUACGAAGAAAAUUAUCAGAUGACAUGAAAAUAGCAGUAGUUUAUAAUGAUUACGCUAUAUCACCAUUUAUAAUUGAUGCACAUGACAAUGACACCGAUAAAAUAACCAUGUGUCACUGUGACCAUAGCUGCUCAACUGAGUGGCCUGCAGUUAUUGUAAUAUGUCGAAUGUCGGAAAGGAAUCAUGAGAAGAAUUUGAUUCCACUCUACCUAUCCAUAUCCAGAGCACGAGUGAAGUGCUCUGUUUUUAUAUACCCAGAAAGCGGUUGUAAAUUGAGUGAUAUGUAUUGCAUGAAAGAUCUGUUAAAUGCAUUGGAACCUUUGUCUAACGUGAUAAGAUAUUAG